ACCACUCAUCUGCGGAUUGGCAAGUUCUGCUGGUGCCACUGCACGCCGUUCGAAUUUACUCUCAAAUGUGUAUUAUAUUCGUUCGCUUCAUUCUCUGUGUUACGCGCGGGUAGACGUCACACCAGGUGUCGCAUUAUCACAGUAAAGCGCGCUUAGAAAAGUGCUGUAUACCGAUAAACUUGAAAGUCGGAGAUUCGAGGUUCUGGACAUAAUCGCGCUAGUUGUACUUGUUUGUUUACGAAAAUAAGCUCACCGGUGAUCUAUUCACGAGUUUAUUAAUCGACGUCGAAAAAAAUGUGGCUGCAAAUAUUACUGACUCUACUAGUAGUGCUCUUUGUUAUUCACUAUUAUAUACGAGGCGGUAGAAUUGGACACUAUGUGAACAAAAUGCCUGGACCACCGGCCUAUCCAUUAGUCGGCAAUCUUCUCUCCUUUAUGGUUCCUUUUGAUCAAUUAUGGCAAGUAGUGAGAAAAAUGAACGAUGACUAUUAUCCGCUUUAUCGAAUAUGGAGUACGAAUGUAGCCGUUAUCAACCUUUACCAUCCUGACGAUGCCGAGGUUUUACUCUCGAGUACGAAUCAUAUAGAAAAAAGCUUUAUUUACGAACUUCUUCAUCCUUGGUUCGGAACCGGUUUACUAACCAGCACUGGAACAAAAUGGCAACAUAGACGGAAGAUACUGACGCCGGCAUUCCAUUUUAAUGUAUUGCAAAAGUACAUGGACAUAAUCAUCGAGAAUGACGAACGUUUUAUCGACACCCUAAAGGCCAAGGGAGAAUCCGUUCAGAACCUUUUACCGCUGAUUACGAAUUAUACUCUGAACGUUAUCUGCGAGGCAGCGAUGGGCACAUCGCUGCAAGGAAAAGAAGAACUGCAAGCAAGAUACAGAAGAGCUAUACAUGACAUGGGGAAUAUAUUAGUUUACAGACUUGUGAGGCCAUGGUUACGAUGGGAUAGGCUUUUCAAUUUGACCCCGAAGGGCCACGAGCAAAAGAAAGCUUUGCAAGUAUUGCAUGGAUUCAGCACAGACAUAAUUAAUGAGCGAAAAGAAUAUCACGAAAAAACCGAGAGCAAAUUUCUCAACAAUACCCUCGCCAGCGACGAAUCGAGUAAAGACAAUGCAGAUACCGAAGUUUUUGGUGUCCGAAAACGACGUCUGGCGAUGCUUGACCUUCUGAUCGCAGCGUACAGAGAAAAGCAAAUCGACGAUCUUGGAAUACGAGAAGAAGUGGACACAUUCAUGUUCGAAGGCCACGAUACUUCAGCCAUGGGUGUCUGCUUUGUCUUGCUUCUACUAGCCGAGCACAAGGAUAUACAGGCACGUGCUCGAGAGGAAGUUGAAGAGGUCCUCGGAAAAACUGGCGGAAGAAUAGAUCUGUCCGCUAUCAACCAAAUGAGUCAUCUCGAGCGAUGCAUCAAGGAAGCUCUGAGACUGUAUCCAAGUGUGCCGUUCAUUUCCCGCAACAUAAACGAAGAUUUGCAUUUGAAGGAUUAUACCGUUCCCAGAGGAACGAUCGCCCACAUUCACGUGUACGACCUUCACAGGGAUGCGAACUUCUGGCCAGAGCCAUUGAAAUACGAUCCUGACAGAUUUUUGCCAGAGAGAACAAGAAACCGACAUCCGUUUUCAUACAUUCCAUUCAGCGCCGGGUCUCGCAAUUGCAUUGGCCAAAAGUUUGCUAUGAUGGAACUGAAAUCGAUAACGGCGCAUCUGCUUCACGACUUCCACUUAGAACCGAUAGACCUCGCACACGAGGUGCCCAUCGUCUGCGAUCUCGUUCUUCGACCAGCUCGACCUAUUUACAUGAAAUUCGUCCCGAUCGAAAAGUAGCUCGCUACAUUGAGAGACAUUGUAGGCAUAAGAAAGUUUAUGCGUAAAAAUCUAUAACAAUUUUUUUACUAAUAAAUACAUGAGAAGAACUUA